CGCCCAUUGGUCCGUUCCGCGUACCACGGUCGUUCCGCGCCCGACUCGCACGGCGGCCAUGUUUGUUUAUUCCCAGAGAAAAACUGCAAACAAUGGCGAGCGCGGCUCCUUCGACCACCACAAAUCCUUCCACCCUGCUUCCCCUGGAGCUGGUGGACAAAUGCAUUGGCUCUCGGAUACACAUCAUCAUGAAGAAUGACAAGGAAAUCGUCGGCACCCUCUUAGGAUUCGACGAUUUCGUGAACAUGAUGCUGGAAGAUGUCACCGAGUACGAAUCAACACCUGAGGGACGCAGAAUCACACGGCUGGACCAGAUUUUGCUGAACGGAAAUAAUAUAACUAUGCUUGUUCCCGGAGGAGAAAUGCCAGACUCGUGAAGAAUUUGAACACUCUUUCCUCCAACUAAUUGUGUAAGUUUUUUUCUACUGUUCUCUUUUGGUUGUAAUAAAAUAAUUCUGCCAUAGGAAAAA